GAUGGGUGUCAUGUUACAGGAAAGUGGAAAGUUGCUCAUUUGUUUUUACAUUUAUUUUUCAUUUCACUCUGUCAACUGCGAUUGUUGUGUCACACAGAAUUUUAAGGAAGUGGUUUCUCUUUUAUCUGUAGAAUAACUCUUUUGUAAGAAAUAUGUAGUUGUGAAAUUUAGAAAAUACAGUUAUGUGCUCCCCAGCACCAGGAUUUUCCUACUUCCCCAAUGGCCUGCCUUAUAUUGAGAGGCCUGACAUGUCCGUACAUUCUACAUUACUUCUACACCAUGACUACAACACCAACUGAGCUCCGGCUACUUGCUGCUGAUCCUCAGCAGGUGAGCUUUCCUGAUGAAAUGCACAAUUCUUUGGAAAGCCUUGAUGAUGUCAGCCCCCCGAAUGAAGAAAGCUAUUCUAUCAAGCAAAUGGAAGGAGUGGUUCACGGCCAACUGGAAGAGCGGGUCCGACCUUACAUCGAUCUGGUGGACUCCCUGAGAAUGACUGGCAUUGAAAGGGACCUAUCGCUGCCGGCCAUUGCUGUGAUUGGGGACCAGAGCUCUGGGAAAAGCUCCGUAUUGGAAGCCUUGUCUGGGGUGUCCCUGCCCAGGGGCAGUGGUAUCGUGACACGCUGCCCGCUGGAGCUGAAGCUUCGAAAACUGAAGGGGGGAGUCCAGUGGCACGCGGUCAUCUCCUACAAGAAUGAGUACAUCGAGUUUAAUGACCCUUCAAAGGUCGAAGGCCACGUGGCAAAAGAUUAUUAUUUGUUCUUUCUUUUUUUCUUUUCCACUCAGAAAUCCCUGCCAAUAUUGUCGGAACAAAUCCAAAAACAGCUGUGGGACACGAAGAAGGAGCUGGGGUCAUAUGACUUUGGUCCCCCCUUGGACACGCAGAAGAAGAAAUUUUAUCUUAUUGAGACAUUAACAGAUUUCAAUGAGAAGAUCAAUCGCCUGGUAUCAGGAGAGGUCGUCAAUGAGGAGAACUUGUUUGUCCUUCUGCGGGUUGAGUUUACAAAAUGGAAAGGGCACCUUGAUGAGUCCAAAACUGAAUUCCACAAAAUCAUGCAGGAAGUCGUAGAUCAAUAUGACCUUAAACACAGAGGGCGAGAGCUCCCCGGGUUCAGUAAUUACAAUGUGUUUGAGACGGCCGUCCAGAAGCUGGUGGUACAACUGCGAAACCCAGCGCUGGAGACUCUGAACGUCAUCAGAGACACAGUUCAAAAGCAGUUUACUGAGAUUGCGAGAAACUGCUUCAGUAUUUAUCCAUUUCUUCAAUGCGUCUCUUUGAACAAGAUUGAAAACAUCCAGUCGAAGCAGGGGGCCAAGGUAGAAGAGAGGAUAAUUGAGCAGUUUAACAUGGAGGAGCUGGUCUACACCCAAGAUGGCAUCUACUUCAAAAGUUUGACUGAAAACACUAGUCAAGAUGUCUCUGCAGACAAUUUUUCUAGCUAUGACUGCAGGAUUAGGUACCCUGAGAUGCUCAGGGCUUACUAUGAGAUCGUUUUGCAGCGCCUGGCAGAUAUGGUGCCCAUGCUGAUCCGCUUCUUCAUGCUGAAGCAGUCGGCGAAAAUGCUCUGCCAUGAGAUGCUGAAGCUGAUGGAUGGCGGGAACGUGAACGAGAUCCUGAAGGAGGAAUCGGAGGUCAGCCGCCUGAGGGCAGAGCUGCAGAACCGCGUAGAUCGGCUCAGCAACGCUCAGGAGAAGAUCAACAAUUUCUACUGAUGGGAAAACCUCCACCUUUGUUCAUUAUAAACACAAAAAGCCCAGAAUCUGCUCUCUGGGACAAAGAAUCAAUGUAUUAACCUGAGCCAUAUAACAGAAUGUCUUACCAGUAAAGUACCUGACGAGGCCUACUACGUACCUUCAGUCUUUGUCAUUGCCUAAAUCAUUUUCUUCUGUAUUCUAACUUGAAAAUGUACACAUAUGGUGCAACUUCUCAAUAAAAUGUUUGUCAGAAUCA